UGCGUCACUACGUCACGCCGCGUCGUGGUCGUCUCUGUCCUUCACAUCUCCCCGGUUCGUCUGCGCCCUUCUGCUGAGAAACGAUGGCUCUGCUCACAACCAACAGGUUUCUGUCCGGCCUGGGGACCUUAACCCCUUCCCUGGGAGUCCUGUCCACCCGCCAAAGUUCUUGGUGGGGUGGAGUGGCAAUGGGCCCCCCUGAUCCCAUCCUGGGCGUGACUGAGGCUUUUAAGAGGGACACUAACCCCAAAAAGAUGAACCUGGGGGUGGGAGCUUACAGAGAUGACCAGGGCAAGCCCUUUGUGCUCAGCUGUGUUCGCAAGGCAGAGGCCUUGAUUGCUUCCAAGCAGCUGGAUAAAGAGUACCUUGGCAUUGGUGGUCUGGGAGAGUUUACAAAGGCUUGUGCACAGCUGGCACUUGGUGCUGACAAUGAGGUUCUGAAAAGCAGCAGGAGCAUCACUGUGCAGACCAUUUCAGGAACCGGGUCCUUGCGUAUUGGAGCCAACUUUUUGUCUCGAUUUCAUACAGGUCCACGAGAUGUGUACCUGCCCAAACCCUCUUGGGGAAACCACACGCCCAUCUUCAGAGAUGCAGGAAUGCAACUUAAGGCAUACAGAUACUAUGACCCUUCAACCUGUGGCUUUGACUUCAAUGGAGCUCUAGAGGACAUCUCUAAAAUUCCAGAGCAGAGUGUGAUUCUCCUGCACGCCUGUGCACACAACCCAACUGGUGUGGACCCUCGGCCUGAACAGUGGAAAGAGAUUGCUGAAGUUGUAAAAAAAAGGAACCUGCUUGUCUUCUUUGACAUGGCCUACCAGGGUUUUGCUAGUGGAGACAUUAAUCGUGAUGCCUGGGCAGUUCGUCACUUCAUUGAAAAGGGUCACAACAUCCUGCUGUCUCAGUCCUUUGCUAAGAACAUGGGUCUCUAUGGUGAGCGAGUCGGAGGAUUCUCUGUGGUGUGCAGUGACACUGAUGAGGCUAAAAGGGUUGAGUCUCAGCUCAAGAUCCUCAUUCGGCCAAUUUACUCCAACCCACCAAUGAACGGAGCCAGAAUUGCCACAACUAUUCUUAACACACCUGACCUCUAUUCACUGUGGUUGGAGGAGGUUCAUGGCAUGGCAAAUCGUAUCAUCAAAAUGAGGGAACAGUUGGUGGCUGGUCUGAAGAAGGAAGGUUCCACUCACAACUGGCAGCAUGUUAUUGACCAAAUUGGGAUGUUUUGCUUUACAGGCCUCAAACCAGAGCAGGUUGAACGUCUGACAAAGGAGUUUUCUGUGUACAUGACCAAGGAUGGCAGAAUUUCUAUGGCAGGUGUGUCCUCUGGGAAUGUGGAGUACCUCGCUAAUGCAAUCCAUGCUGUCACAAAGUAGAGAGGUUCGAUGACUUUGAGCUACAACAUCAAAAGUGCUAAAGGAGGAAAUCCUGGGUCACCUCCUUUCUCCUACAUUUCACUUAUAGCUAGCAGAUUUCUUUUUGUUAGAUAUUCAUACUGGUUUCAGGUUAAACUCCAAAACCAAGUAAUUUUAAACUCCUUGCAUUUUCUUUGUAAACAUUUUAAAUGUGACUGAGCUUACAUUUGAAUUUGUGCAAUGUCUAUGAAGGCUGAACUUCUAUAGGACUAUUAAAUACAAAUGACGAAACCAAAAUUUGUUUUCUUAAAUACUGAGCUGUAUGAAAUUUCCUUUUGCUUUGUGGAUGUUCAAGCACUUAUUUUUGUAAUGACACUGGUUAAAGCCCUACAUAUGUCAGCUACUUGGUUUAGGUCAUAAAUUGAAAUGGUCACUCUUGUCAAUAAUGUUUGUCAAAUGCCGCAGAAUUAAGCACACCAGUCAAAUGGAGGUGUCUGUGAUGCAGACUGUAGAUGAACUGUAAAUGUUUUAUAUUCUAGCCUAGUCCCAGUUUGUCCUAGUUUAAGGCUUUGUCUGAUUGUGUGACUGCAAAUGAAUGAGUGUAAGUAGUAAUGACUGUAUUAUACUGUAUUGGAAAAGAUGAGACAUGCAGCUCUCAUUGGUAUUAAUACAAAUUUGGUUCUGUUCUGUAAACUGAAAAAGCCAAUCUUCAAAACUCAAAGUCUGAAACCUGGCAGUUAUACAUUUGCAUUUUGUCCUAAAAGCAACUGGUUAUUGGUCAUGUACAUCAUUGCACUUCAAUAAAUUAUUGUGGUAAAUUA